AGACUGGUAACGAUCCAACUAGAAACAAAGAUGGCGGCCUCCAUGCUUAGUCAAAAGCAAAAGCUUCCUCCAGGGCAAAACCCAGAUGAAUGGACGAUAAGAGAAAAACUAACUUUAGCUUCGUCUGUGGUCCGAAGUGGCGAUCAAAACUGGGUGUCUGUGAGUCGUACGAUUAAACCAGUGCUUGAAACAGGAUGUUGUGCGAAACCUAGACCACCCGACUUCUUUUCACAAAAGAACUGUGCUUCACACUACUCUGAAAUGCUUGAAAAAGUUAACACACCAAAGAGAAAAAGGACUAAUGAAGGAGGUGGAACAGAAACACCUGGAGAUCAAAUUGUCAGAAAAUUGACAUUUGAGCGGAUUGAGGAAUUAAAGAAGUCUAUCAGGAAUGAUCAGCUUACCUACAAGAAGCUAAAGGACAGAAUAGAAGAUGUCCGAAGUGGAAAACUAGAUCAUCAACUUCCAGCUUUAUGGGAUGAAAUUAAAAUAAGGAAAAAGAUGAGGCCACCACCUGUACCUCAACAAGAGGGAGAUGGAUCUGCACCUAUUACACCCACCACGCCCACCACACCAAUCACCCCUACCACACCAGGUGGUCAACCAGGGAUACAGCCAGGUACUCCUAAACCACAAGGAAGUCAGCCAAUGUCUUCUCCUCAUAAAGGAAAGCAGUUGAGAGUUCCUAAACCAACAAAAAAAUUUCAGAACUAUCAACAACAGCUUCAGCAGCGACAUGGUCACUCUUCCCAGUCCUCACCCUUGAGCCAGACACCAGAGGGACUGGCCUCUGCUUCCAACCAAUCCCCUGUGGAUGGAGCAGCUUUUUCACCUGGGCUUGGGGGAGGACCACUGGGUGGACUGGGACAAAGUGGAACAUUUUCAGGUGGAGCUCAGCUUUCUAAAGGGGAACCAAUGGAUAUAGACCUGGGAGGUACUUUACCACCUGGCUCCCAAGGAGAAAUGGUGCCACCACUGGCAUCACCUAGGAGAACGGAUCAUGUUCCUCAAAGUCCUGUACGGCAACCCAGCAGCACAUCACAAGCAGCAACAGCUAGUUCACAGGGUUCGAACGAAUCUGCCUUAGUGUCGUUGCUUUCACAGCGAUCCACAAAAGACAGUAAACAGAUGAGAAGGCCCAGUAGUAAUGAUCAGGAGAUGUCUUCAAUUAAGGAGCAGGAGCGUCGUUCCUCUUUAAAUAGUCAGACAUCUCAGUCUGUCUCUCCCAGUACUCCUCCACACUCUACAGCAUCCCAUAAUACCCAAAGUGCUGGCCAGACACCAAACUCCCAAAAUUCUGAUGGAAAGCAUUUUUUAGGGGUAACUCCCUCCAUGGAGUCCAAAAAACUGGACUCCAUGAGGGAGAGACAAGGAAGCACACCACAAACCGCAGCACCAUCAGUCAGCGCACCUACACUUUCUAAACUCCUGGCUGACACACCCACUGUAACAUCAUCUUCUGUGAGCUCUAUAUCUUCACAUGGAGGAGCACUAACUAAGGCUCCAGGAGGGGUGGAGUCAUCAAUGUUGGUUGAUUCUGCCCCUGGGACACCAGUGGAAAGUUCUGUUUCUGUGAUUGGUGGUGCCAGGGGCUCUGCAGGAGGUACUCAAGCUGUUCUGAAUGUGUCAACAUCUGUACCAGCCAUAUCGGUCAACCCCAAGGCUGCUGCUCUGACUGCAACGUUGCCCUCCCCUCUGGCAAUUACACCCCCACCCACUACCCCUCCUGCAGACAGGAAGGAAAUGAUAACUCAAAAGUUCGAGCCAACAGUCAAGAAUUCCGAGAAAAACAGCGGAAUAGAAAUAACCAACGACAGUCUUGAAAACGACACCAGCACUCCACGAGCAAACUCCGAACGGUCAGCGGUCAUUCCAGAAGUAAAGGUGGAAACUGUGGAGACCCCAGCCUCCUCUCCGCGCGUCACUAAACGAGCAGCCAAGCCGCUGAGGCCUGGUAGACCACCAAGGUCGGCGCGAAGAAAUCAACGAAAUCGGAGCAAAUCUGCGACCUCCACGGAUAAUGAAGGCGACAUCGAAGAGGAACAUGAAGAGGAAUCUAAAUUCGAGUCGUUGGAUGUAGAGUCUGAGAAAGCCAGCGAAAAAACCGAAGAUGAAGAAGAUAAUGAUUCCGUCACCGAGGACAAGAAGGAGGAGAGUGACGAGGAGAUGGAGCGAGACAGUGGAGACGAAGCAGUGUCUGACUCAGGAGAACGGAGUCAGUCUGAGAGGGAAGAGCCCACCACUUCCAUGAAGGAGUUUCUUUUGGACAGGGCGGGGAUAGGGGGUACAGAGUCGGUACCCGGUAGCCCCGCCUCUCAAAUGUCCCAGGGAAGUAGCGACGAACAGGAAGCCAUUCAAGCACAAAAAACUUGGAAGAAAUCAAUCAUGCUGGUCUGGAGAGCUGCAGCCAAUCACAAGUACGCUAACGUAUUCCUGCAUCCAGUGACUGACGAUGAAGCACCAGGAUAUCACAGCAUUGUUUUCAGACCUAUGGAUCUAUUGACAAUAAAAAAGAACAUUGAAAAUGGAACCAUUCGUACCACAAGCGAGUUCCAAAGAGACAUGAUGUUAAUGUUUCAGAAUGCUCUAAUGUAUAACAGCGCUGAUCACGAUGUGUACCGUAUGGCGGAAGAAAUGCGUGACGAUGUUAUGGAGCAAAUUCAGUCUUACAUAGCAACACAGAUCAUGGUGGAUUCAAAGAUGUUACGUGGCCACAGACAGGAUGGUAAGCAUUUCUUGUUUGGUUUUCAUGAUUGUCUCCUGUGUACGAGGAGAGCGUUAUUAACCUUCUGGAAAACUUCUACUAAUCAGCAUUCCAGAAUUAAUCUACAGUUGAACCCCGCUUUAUAUAACUCUCUAAAGGGGAAACAAGAAAACUAACAGUUUGAAAUAUCGAGAUAAUAAGCAACUGAAAGGGAAGGUCAAGGGAAAAUGAUUUAAGUUCGAGUUUUGUGCACAAAAUCGUUUUACUUCUCUUGUUUUGCGUCACGAUCCGAAUAAAAUCUGUUAU